AAACAGAAGUGAACUCUUAGUGUGCUUAUACUUUGUAUUUAUUCAAUGUUUCAUGCGUUUUCGGGCGGUUUGUAGUGGAAAUUGAUCUUUAGCUCUAAAUUGCUACUGUAAGAUUGAAAUGCCGUAUUUCCUUUCUCAUGUGUUAUCAAUAUUUAUUUGUGUUACUAUAUCGAAACAGGAUCUGUCUUUCUUGGCUUUUUUGUUUAUUUUUCUACCUGACGCAAAACCAACUUCAACCAUGGGUAAUCUAUCAAUGGCGGAAUUUUAUGCGCGUGUAUAUGAUGCUGUCGAAGAAAUUCCAUAUGGAAAGGUGUGCACUUACGGCAUCAUAGCAAAGCUCAUUGGAAUGCCUACCUACUCUAGACACGUUGGUCAAGCUCUUAAAUUUUUACAUCCAGAUACACAUGUUCCUUGGCACAGAGUCAUUAGCAGUCGAGGAGUUUUGUCACCUCGAGAUCGAAAGUCCGGUAUCGUAGAACAACAGGCUCGGCUACAAGAAGAAGGAGUAGAAGUUCAUGUGAGCAGUAUGAACGAGUAUCGUAUCAGCCUCUCUCAAUAUCUGUGGAGUCCUAAAAGCCUGGUAUGCAUGGAGAAGUACACGGAUAAUAAUGCUUCACCGAAUAACCCGAAAGACAAUAAUGAACCACAACGAAACGAGUAAAAACAUGAACAAUAAGUGUCACCGCUGUUUUAUGAGAUAAACAGUAAUGACUUUUAAACCAUAUUACUAUCAAUCUUGUGUCGUAGACAUUUUAGAAUGCGUUUCAUCAUCUUUAGAACUUUCUUCUUGAGAGAGUGAAGAAUUUUUAGACUCAUUGUUCAUCUGACCAUCAGGAGUAUCCACAGCCAUAUCGCUUUCUGCUUCGUUUGUAGAAGCAGAAACAAUACCGCUCAACGUGGCGUCUGCAUCAGCGUUUUUUGAAUUGCUGCCUUUAGGAAUUAACCGAAUUUGUUCCAAGACCAGAUGUCGAGAUGAGGGCAAAAUGUCUCGUGUUUGCAGAUUACCAUCUGUACGAACAGGAACAUGUAAAUCUGUACCUAUAGUGUGAUGCCAAGUGCCUCGAAAAACCAUAGCGCCAACUCGAAUAAUAGGAUGUUCUUCAUCAAGCCCAAGGACUGUUAUGUCCUCAGCCAUAUUGACGUCGGUAUUAUUCGCGCCAAAAUCAAAUACGACAUCUUCGUACGAGUCAUUAUCUUCAUCAGUUAUAUUGCUGUUUUGUGCUGCAUCCGAGACGUCAGCAGACUCACUAGUGGUAUGAUUGUUUUCUUCAGUUACAGAACUUGCACUUGUUUGAACAAGUUCAUCAUUAGCACCGUUCUCGUCUGCAAACCUGCUACUUUCUGGCAAAGUGUUGGACAUAGUCACGGGCGAUUUUUGCAAAUGACGCUGGAUCGGUCGUGUACUGGCUUGCAAUCGAGGGCACCAAAGGGUCUUCUGGGUUAGGCAAUACGAGCAAGCCUAAAAGUUGAUCCAACACACUGCGAAGCCGAAUGCUAGGCUUAAAGUUUUGGGGUCGCAGCGAAGACAAACAGACGUUCCCGUCUGAAUCCACCUUGUAUUGUUAGUAGAAAAAAUUUUAAGCAAUGGAAAAGGUCUACAAAGCGGAAAAUUUGACAAUCCCGAAAACUAGAAAAUGAUUAACGUGUUACAGUGGACAUUACCACCUAGCUUGUAGUGCAAACAGUGCUUUCUUUCCAUUAAAUUUCUUUCACUUACGUUAGGAUGAUAUAUACGAGUAGUAAACAAAAACACGGGCGGUUUAAAAGGAUAUUCGGU